AAAGAGGACGGGGCUCGCGCAGGCGCAGUUGUGCGCCAGGUUACCAAGAUGUCGAUCCCUGAGUACAAGCCGUCGCGACUGGCCACUUUGCCCUCUACCCUUGACCCAGCUGAAUAUGACAUAUCUCCGGAAACCCGGAGAGCGCAAGCCGAGCGGUUGGCCAUUAGAGCCCGGCUUAAAAGGGAGUACCUGCUUCAAUACAACGACCCCAGCCGCCACGGGCUCAUCGAAGAUCCUGCUUUGACUCGUUGGACCUAUGCAAGAUCAGCAAAUAUCUAUCCCAAUUUCAGACCCACUCCUAAGACCUCACUCUUAGGAGCUGUGAUUGGAUUUGGGCCCCUCUUCUUCUGGUAUUACGUUUUUAAAACUGAUAGAGACAGAAAAGAAAAACUUAUCAAGGAAGGAAAAUGGGAUCGAACAUUUAACAUCUCAUAUUAAAUCUGGCAAUUAUGAUUACAUGUAUUACUGUUUAAAUAAAUCUUCUAUUGAUCAU